AUGCAGAAGUUGCUUCUGCUUUUACUUACAAAAAGUGCAGGAUGUUUCUUUCUGUUUGAUUUUCUUAAUGAGGAUUUAGAGUAUUACAAUAUGAAAAAAUAUCCUGAUACGAUUGGGCUGUGGACAACAGUGAUCUGUUCAUUUCUGAUUACAUUCUACAGUAUGAAAUUUCCAAGAAUUUUCCUGACGCUCUACAUAGCAGGAGCGAUUAGUUAUGGUACAGCGGGUAUAAAUGAGGAAGAUCUAAACUCUAGCCUUCCAAAGGAAGUUCAGAACUUUGGGAUCGUUCUAGAGAUAAAGGGAGUGCUUGAAAAUCUCCAAGCAGAUCCUGCUAUUCUUAUUGUUGUUUCUUUUGUAUUUGCUUCAAUAUUGUCAUGGCUUCUUAACAUAAUCCAGAACAUGUUUCUUGUUGUUGGGUUCUAUGUUACUUACUGCAUGCUUUUACCAAUAUGUUUUGGUGAGAACGAGGAAGAAUCACCGGUGCUCUUUUAUAUACUUUUGAUUGGAUCUACAAUGAUAUUGUACUACCUAACACGCAAUGCAUCUAAGUAUGCUCUGCUGAUGAUGUUCUGCUCAACAGGAUCUUUUUUGCUUCUUGCAUCUCUUGAAAUGGCCAGUGGAACAGGCGACGUAUUCUACGGUAUUGUCUAUGAUUUGUGCCAUAUGUAUACUUUUGAGUUAAGCCUAAUGACGUUUCCAAUGAUGAUAUGGAUUGGAUUGACAAUAUUUGCAAUGGCAUGGCAGAAAAGAUAUAUAAAAAGCAGCGGAUAG